AUGAGUACAAAAAAUAUUUCGGAUUCCUGGGAAAUUGAAAUAAACCAAAUCGAAGAAAGAUGUGAUUUUAACGGUUUAUUAAAGCAUGAGAAAAAAAAUGAAGUGCUUCUCAAUCAGUACGAUCAUAUACUGCAACCAAAAUCUAUUACACGAAUGAUUGACGGCGGCGUCUAUCAAAAGUUGGAAAGAACGUGUUAUAAAAAUGGCUUAACUUUGAAUUCAGUUUUGCAAUUUGUUUGGCACAAAAUAUUGAGCAUUUAUGGCAAUAGCAGCCAAACAGUAAUUGGUACGAACAUGUUUGGCGUUACAUUGUUGCCAUCGAUUAUGUAUCACAAUGUGGACGAUUUAAUUGUUGAUGCAAUAAAAAAUAUUCAAGACAAGAUGAAUCCCAUGAUUAAUCAAAGUAAUCUUGAUUUGUCCCAACCAAGUAAAGGAAAGACGAGACAUGGUUUAUUCGAUAGUCUAUUGAUUUGCGAAAGUCUUUCCGAUACUGUUACAAAACUAGAUCAUCCUUUAACACUAGUUGCUUAUGAAAAACUCGAUAAUGAAUGCUUAAUAUUUGUAUUAAAUUAUGCUGGUGAGUUAUUUGAAGAUGACACAAUGGAUGAUUUACUAGCUGUUACUAAUGAAUUGUUAACUCAAAUUGCAAAUAAUCAAGUAACACUAGUGAAUGAAUUGAAUUUCUUACCAUUGAAACAAUUAAACAAGAUUAAUGAAUGGAAUAAUACAGAUAAAGAGUUUCCAUUCAAUAAUAAACAAACAACACUCCAUCAACUAUUCGAAACAGAAGUAGAAAAAUCAUCUGACAAAAUUGCUGUUAUCUAUGAAGAUGGGCAGCUUACUUAUAAAGAACUCAAUGAAAAAGCGAAUCAAUUGGCACAUUAUUUACGAUCAAUAUGUGACAUUCAUCCAGAUGAUCUGAUUGCAUUACUUUUGGAUAAAAGUGAAUUGAUGAUAGUCAGUAUACUGGGUGUGUGGAAGUCGGGUGCCGCAUAUGUUCCUAUUGAUCCUUGUUAUCCUGAUGAACGAAUUCAAUUCAUUUUGGAAGAUACUAAAGCAAAAAUCAUCUUAGCUAAUAAAAAAUAUAUAACAAAAUUGGGUCCGUACGAAUUAAUCAAAAUUGAAAUUGAAUCAUUAUCUACCAUUAUAAUUGACAACGAGUACAGCAAAAAUCUAGGGCCUGUUUGUUCAAGCAAUAAUUUAGCCUACGUUACUUACACGUCUGGUACAACUGGUAAACCGAAAGGCGUGAUGAAAGAGCACAAAAGCGUGAUUAAUGUAGUCAUCGAUUUAACAGAUAAGUACAAUCUAAGUAUAAGUGAACAGAAUGUCGAAAGAAUUGUACUAUUUUCUCAGUAUGUUUUUGAACCUUUUAUUCGACAAUUUUUAAUGGCACUACUGAAUUUGCAUGUGCUGGUCAUCAUUAAACAAGACGAGAUACACCAUGCAAAUAGAUUCAAUCUAUCAGCAAAUGAGUAUAGAAUCAGUUAUUUGAAUGGCACGGCAUCCCUGCUUCAAGGAUAUGAUUAUACGAAUUUGAAAAGUUUAAAAAGACUGAUAUUUGCAGGGGAAGAGUUGACUGAAAAUUGUUUCACGAAAUUAAGAAAAACUUUCCAAGAAACCAUCAUCAAUGAAUAUGGGCCAACCGAGUCGGCUCUUGUCAGUACAAUGAAAAUGUAUGGUUUGUGUGACAAAAGGAACAAUCGUAGUAUUGGAAAACCUUUGAUCAAUGUUAAAUGCUAUGUUUUGGAUAAAAGCCUGAAACAAUUGCCUAUAGGUGCUACUGGAGAAUUAUACAUUGGUGGGAUUGGCGUGGCAAGAGGAUACUUGAAUAGACCUGAAUUGACUGCUGAACGAUUUCUACUCAAUCCAUUUCAAACUGAUGAGGAAAAGAAAGAAGGCAAGAACACACGUAUUUACAAGACAGGCGAUUUGGUUCGUUGGCUACCAAAUGGUGAAUUGGAAUAUUUGGGUAGAAAUGAUUUUCAAGUGAAGAUCAGAGGGCUAAGAAUUGAAUUGGGGGAAAUCGAAGCAGUUCUAUCUUCAUAUCAAGGAAUCAAUCGAUCUGUUGUUCUAGCUAAAGACCACAAGAAGAAGAAGAAUACGGACACGUCAUCAACGAAGUAUCUUGUUGGAUAUUAUGUUUCCGACGAUGAUAUCGACGAAUCUCAUAUAAAACAGUACAUACAAACAAAAUUGCCUGAUUACAUGAUACCAAAUCGCUUGAUGCGGAUAGAUAAAAUACCAGUGACCAUAAAUGGUAAAUUGGAUGCAAAAGCGUUACCAGAUAUCGAUUUUUCUGCCGAUGAAAACAAUUACUGUGCGCCCAGAAAUGAAUUAGAAGUCAAGCUUUGCGAAAUAUGGUCGGAUAUACUCGGAAUUGAAAAGGUUGGCAUAACGGAUGAUUUCUUUCGGCUUGGCGGUGAUAGCAUAGGCUCACUACGGAUUGUUAGCCGAGUGAGACAAGAGCAUGACUUAAACAUAUCGGUUAAAGAUAUUUUCAUGUUCAAAACUAUUGAAAAUCUAUACCAUCACAAAUUGAAAGAUCAACUUAUCCAUUCGAAUGGGGAUGUCGAAAGCUUGAAUGGAAUUGAAUUAACAAGCUCAACAGGGGAAAUUGGUCUAUUGUGUAUUCAAGAGUAUUUUCUGAAGAGAAAAGAUGUCCCACCUAACCAUUUUAAUCAACAUGUCGUAUUUAC